AUGGUCCACACAGGUAAAAGGAACAAAGAAAAUGAAUCGGGGGUUCAGUAUGCAUCUCUUUGGACAUGUGAGCACCCUUCUCCCUAUGCCAAGCUCACCAUUGAGUCAGUGCCACCCAGCAUUGCUGAAGGGGAAAGUGUUCUUCUACUGGUUCACAAUCUCCCAAAAAAUCUUCUAUCCCUUUUCUGGUACAAAGGAGUUUUUGCAGUGAAGAAAUUUGAGAUUGCCAAACAUAUAAAAGCCACAAAUACAAGUGUUCCAGGGCCUGCACACACUGGUCGAGAGACUGUAUACAGCAAUGGGUCCCUGCUGCUCCAGCAAGUUAUGCAGAAUGAUACAGGAUUCUAUACUCUACGGACUAUGAAUACAGAUCUGGAAGAUGAAGUAGCACACGUGCAACUAUACACAGACACCUCCAUUUCUACUUGUUAUCACCUUUAUCAAGUCAAGAUCGAAUCACAUCCUCGGAAUGUUGAUGUAGGGAAAAGUGUUCUUCUCAUAGUCCAUAAUUUGCCAGAAGACUUUCAAGCAUUUUUCUGGUACAAAUCAGCAUAUAAAAGAGAUACAAACAAAAUUGCAGAAUACAACAGAGCCAUGGAUACCACCAUUAUGGGGUCUGCAUACAGUUUAAGAGAGUUUAUAUAUACCAAUGGAUCUAUGCUGAUAAUUGAUGUCACUGAGAAUGAUGCAGGACUUUUCAUGCUAGAAAUUUUAAGAAAAGACUUCAAAAUUGAAAAAGCUUACAUUCAACUUCAUGUAAAUAGGGUGAUUGCAGAGAAGAAAUCUGAGCUCAUCCAAUACAUAAUAGCCACUAGUUCAAGAUUGCCAGGGCCUGCACACACUGGUCGAGAAACCGUGUACAGCAAUGGAUCCCUGCUGCUCCAGAAGGUCACACAGAAUGAUGCUGGGUUCUAUACUCUACGAACCAUAAGUACAGAUCUGAAAGAUGAAGUAGCAUAUGUGCAAGUCCAACUGGACACCUCCAUUUCUACUUGCUGUCACCCUAUGCAAGUCAAGAUCGAAUCACAUCCUCGGAAUGUUGCUGUAGGGAAAAGUGUUCUUCUUCUAGUUCAUAAUUUGCCAGAAGACUUUGAAGCAUUUUUCUGGUACAAAUCACCAUAUAGAAGAGAUACACACAAAAUUGCAGAAUACAACAGAGCCCUGGAUACCACCAUUAUGGGGUCUGCAUACAGUUUAAGAGAGUUUAUAUAUACCAAUGGAUCCAUGGUGAUGACUGAUAUCACUAAGGAUGAUGCAGGACUUUUCAUGCUAGAAAUUUUAAGAAAAGACUUCAAAAUUGAAAAAGCUUACAUUCAACUCCAUGUAAAUAGCUUUGUUUCAAACUCCAAGGACUCUUUCUCCACAGCACGGCCCAGUAUAGAAUCAGUGCCUCCCAGCAUUGCUCAAGGGGAAAGCGUUCUUCUACAGGUUCACAAUCUCCCAAAAAAUCUUCUAUCCCUUUUCUGGUACAAAGGGGUGAUUGCAGAGAAGAAAUCUGAGCUCAUCCAACACAUAAUAGCCACAAGUUCAAGCUUGCCAGGACCUGCACACACUGGUCGAGAAACCGUGUACAGCAAUGGAUCCCUGCUGCUCCAGAAGGUCACACAGAAUGAUACUGGGUUCUAUACUCUACGAACCAUAAGUACAGAUCUGAAAGAUGAAGUAGCACAUGUGCAAGUCCAGCUGGACACCUCUACUUGCUGUAACCGUCUCACCUCUGACCAGCUCAUAAUUGAACCAGUGCCUUGGAAUGUUGCUGUAGGGAAUAGUGUUCUUCUCCUUGUUUGUAAUAUGCCAGAAGACAUUCAUACACUUUUCUGGUACAAAUCAGUGUACAGGACAGAUACUUUUAAAAUUGCAGAACAUAAGAGAGUGAUGGAAUCCACUAUCUGGGGGCUUGCACACAGCGGAAGAGAGAUGGUGUACACUAAUGGAUCCCUGCUGAUUCAGAAUGUCACUGAGAAUGAUGCAGGAUUGUAUAUGUUAGAAAUUUCGCAUAAGGACUUCAAACUUGAGAGAGCACAUGUGCAAGUCCAUGUAAACACUUUUAUUAGUAAUUUUCAGAGUGCUCAGAGCAUUAGAAGAACUAGUAUAGAAUCAGUGCCACCCAGCAUUGCUGAAGGGGAAAGUGUUCUUCUACUGGUUCACAAUCUCCAAAAGAAUCCUCUAUCCUUUUUCUGGUACAAAGGGGUGACUGCAGACAAGAAAUCUGAGCUCAUUCAACACAUAAUAGCCACAAGUUCAAGCUUGCCAGGACCUGCACACACUGGUCGAGAAACUGUGUAUAGCAACGGAUCCCUGCUGCUCCAGAAGGUCACACAGAAUGAUACUGGGUUCUAUACUCUACGAACUAUGAGCACAGAUCUGAAAGAUGAAGUAGCACAUGUGCAACUCCAGUUGCACACACUGUUACACAGAACCACAGACAAUAAAUCCAGCUCUGAGCCUGAAUGUCAAUGGUCCUCUUUCCAUACUUCUCAACUCACUCUUGGAUCACUGUUGCUCAAUGAAACUAAAGAGGAAGACGGUCAGUAUGUACUCAAUGUACUAAAGAAUCUCAGUAUAGAAUCAGUGCCACCCAGCAUUGCUGAAGGGGAAAGUGUUCUUCUACUGGUUCAUACUCCAAAAAAUCCUUUAUCCUUUUUCUGGUACAAAGGGGUGAUUGCAGACAAGAAAUCUGAGCUCAUUCAACACAUAAUAGCCACAAGUUCAAGCUUGCCAGGACCUGCACACACUGGUCGAGAAACCGUGUAUAGCAACGGAUCCCUGCUGCUCCAGAAGGUCACACAGAAUGAUACUGGGUUCUAUACUCUACGAACUAUGAGUACAGAUCUGAAAGAUGAAGUAGCACAUGUGCAACUCCAGUUGCACACCUCUCCUUGUUGUAACCUCACCUCUAACAAACUCAAGAUGGAACCAGUGCCUUGGAAUGUUGCUGUAGGGAAAAGUGUUCUUCUCCUUGUUUGUAAUGUGCCAGAAGACAUUCAUAUACUUUUCUGGUACAAAUCAGUGUACAGGACAGAUAUUUUUAAAAUUGCAGAAUAUAGCAGAGCCAUGGAAUCCACUAUCUGGGGGCUUGCACACAGCGGAAGAGAGAUGGUGUACACUAAUGGCUCCCUGCUGAUCCAGAAUGUCACUGAGAAUGAUGCAGGAUUGUAUAUGUUAGAAAUUUUACGUAAGGACUUCAAACUUGAGAGAGGACAUGUGCAAGUCCAUGUAAAUAACCCUGUUUCAUGACCCUUCGUGCGAGUUACUGACACCACAGUCAGAGAACAGAGCUCAGUGGUCUUCACUUGCUUCUCAGCUGACCCUGGAAUCUCCAUUCGUUGGCUCUUCAAUAAGCAGAGUCUGCAGAUCACAGAGAGAAUGACACUUUCCCCAUCAAAGUGCCAUCUCAGCAUAGAUCCUGUCUGGAGGGAGGAUGCUGGAAAGUAUCAAUGUGAGGUCUCCAACCCAGUCAGCUCAAAGACCAGUCUCCCAGUCAGUCUGGUUGUGGUAGAAGAGUGA